UGGUGGACAGUAUUGCUCGUCCCUUGGAUACUGCAACCAGCAGUGAAGACAGCUCAUUACUGCACGUUGAUUUCAGCAGUGAAGACUGAGAGGGCCAUAGCCAUCACCUUACCUGCUACGAGAUAUUAACUAAAUCAAGAAUCUGAAUCACCGACAUUGUCCAACAAAGAAGAUAAAUUAAAGCUCCCAAAGCUGAAAAGAAAAAGUUUGACUAGUUCUCGAUAAGACUUUACAGGCUUAAAGUCGACAAGGGAGUUGUUCUCUGUUGCAAGAUUUCUUCUUCUCCUUCUUCCAUUAUUGCUUCUCAAUAUAACAAAGUACCGCACUACUUGGAUUCUUCUGGAGAGAGAUGGUAAUGGGUGAGCACUAUAGGAAGAACAUGCGGUACUCUUUCAUGCUAGCGGUGUUGUUGUUAGUGACAUGCACUGCUGGGGAAGACGCUUAUAGGUUCCAUACAUGGAAUGUUACUUAUGGUGAUAUCUAUCCACUUGGAGUUAAGCAACAGGGGAUUUUGAUAAAUGGGCAAUUUCCAGGCCCACAGAUUGAGUCAGUGACUAAUGAUAACUUGAUUAUCAGCGUUUUCAAUAGCUUGGAUGAACCUUUCCUCAUCUCCUGGAAUGGUGUGCAGCAGAGAAGGAAUUCAUGGCAAGAUGGAGUCUAUGGUACCAACUGCCCCAUCCCACCUGGGCAGAACUUCACUUACGUGCUCCAGGUGAAAGACCAGAUUGGUAGCUACUUCUAUUUUCCUUCACUUGGCAUGCACAAGGCUGCAGGAGGCUUUGGUGGCUUCAAAAUCGCAAGCCGUUCUGUCAUUCCCGUACCAUUCCCUCCUCCCAGUGGAGAUUUCACAUUCCUGGCUGGUGAUUGGUUCAAGAAGAAUCAUAGUGAUUUAAAAGCAAUUUUAGAUGGUGGGAGUGAUCUUCCCUUUCCCGAUGGGCUUCUUAUCAAUGGUCGUGGAUCAAAUGGUUACACAUUCACUGUUGAUCAAGGCAAGACUUGCAGGUUCCGGAUAUCAAACGUGGGGCUCACCACUUCCAUCAAUUUCAGAAUCCAGGGGCAUAAAAUGUUACUGGUGGAGGUUGAAGGAACUCACUCACUGCAAAACACUUAUGAUUCCCUAGACAUCCACCCGGGACAAUCUUAUUCUGUUUUGGUUACAGCUGAUCAAGCAGCACACGAUUACUUCAUUGUUGUUUCAACACGCUUCACCUCUCAGGUGCUCACUACAACCUCCAUUCUUCAUUACAGUAAUUCAGCAGGAAGUGUUUCAGAUACUCCGCUUGGUGGGCCAACUAUUCAGAUUGAUUGGUCUCUUGAACAAGCUCGAUCCUUAAGGAGGAAUCUAACUGCAAGUGGCCCAAGACCUAACCCUCAAGGCUCUUAUCAUUAUGGAUUGAUCAACACAACUCGUACAGUUAGACUUCAGAACUCUGCUCCCAUUAUUAAUGGCAAGCAAAGGUAUGCUGUCAAUAGUGUGUCCUUCAUCUCUGCUGAUACUCCACUUAAACUUGCGGACCACUACAAUAUCCCUGGAGUUUUCUCCCUUGGAAGCAUCCCGGACAGCCCCACUGGUGGUGGUGCUUACCUCCAGACUUCUGUCAUGGCUGCUGAUUUCAGAGGUUAUGCUGAGAUUGUUUUUGAGAAUCCAGAAGAUAAUGUGCAGUCUUGGCACAUUGAUGGGCACAACUUCUUUGUUGUGGGGAUGGAUGGAGGACAGUGGUCACCUGCAAGCAGAUUAAGUUAUAAUUUGAGAGACACAAUUUCUCGCUGCACUGUUCAGGUCUAUCCCGAGUCAUGGACUGCAGUUUACAUGCCUCUGGACAAUGUCGGAAUGUGGAAUGUAAGGUCUGAAAACUGGGCACGGCAGUACUUAGGACAGCAAUUCUAUCUUCGAGUCUAUUCCCUAGCAAAUUCGUGGAGAGAUGAAUAUCCAAUCCCCACAAAUGCUCUUCUUUGUGGUCGGGCAGCAGGACUUUGAACUCGGCUUGUAUAGAGCACCAUGAUUGGCAGAGACUUGUCACAAAGGGCUGACAAGGUCAGAUUUAAUCUAGGAUAGCAGAUCACGAGUUAUGCGAAAGGCUUGACUCGAGCCAAUUUUACCUCAUGUUGUUGUUCCUAGGAUAGCAGAUUCCCACGAGUUAUGCAAAAGGCUUCACCUAAGCCAAUUUUACCUAAUGUUGUUGUUCUUAUUGUCACUUAUCCCUAACUUAAUUUCAUUGGAUUCAAUCACUAUUAGAACCUGGAGUUCAUUCUAUAGAUAUAUAAAUAUGAGUGUAUGAUA